AUGGCCCAGCUUGGUCCCUUCAUCCUUGCGGUGACCACGCUGGUGCUGGCAUACCUCUACACGCGACUCCGCUAUCAUAGGUACAAGCAGCUUGCUGGCUUCCCGCAGCUGCGGCCCGUGUCGCUGCUAUGGGGAGAUCUCAAAAAUAUCCAUGAGUAUCUCCAGCAAGGCCCUCCGCAAGGACACGUCGAUCUUGCAUUUACCAAGAUGCGGGAGAAGUUGGGAAACCCAUCUUUGUUCACCAUUGAUACAUGGCCGAUGCAGUACUCUAUGGCCAUCAUUUGCGAUCACGAUGUGGCUGAGCAGGUCUCCAAGGUCUCCAAGACAUUUCACUGGAGUGUACCCAAGUCGCCUACCUUCUCAAACCUGCUUGCCCUAAUUGGCUACCAGUCCAUUUUGAUCAACGAGGGAGAGCACUGGAAGGCACUUCGGAGGAGAUUCAACCCCGGGUUCGCACCCCAGCACCUCCUGACCCUGCUCCCGCUCAUCGUCGAUAAGACAAAAUUUUUCAUUGAUCAUCUUGAACGUCUUGCCAAGACCGGCGAGGAAUUUUCCCUGGAAUACUACCUGACUGGGCUCACCUUCGAUAUCAUCGGUGCUGUCGUCAUGGACGUGGAUUUCGGGGCCCAACUUGACGAAAAGGACCAGGAUGAGACGCUGACACUAUAUCGCAAUCUCAUGAAGACUUACGAUAAUGACACCAACCGCGGGUUCAAGUUCUACAACCCAUUCCUGGCCUCCAGGCGGAGCAAGUUCUCCCGCCAGCUCCAGGAGAAACUCAGGGCAUUAGUCUGGGAAAAGUACAACGCAGAGAGACAUGAGGUCGGUCAGACCAAGAAAAAGUCUCGCAGUGUACUGUCCCUGAGCCUCCAGGGUCUGGACAAGGUUGACGAUGCAAUCGUGGAGGCGACUUGCGAUCAACUGAAGACCUUCCUCUUCGCCGGCCACGACACAACGAGCAUUCUGCUGCAGUGGGCGUUCUACGAACUCUCACGGACGCCACGGGCGCUGCGGGCGAUCCGUAGCGAGCUUGACGAGCUCUUCGGCACCGAAACUGACCCGGAGGUCGUGCGGCAAAAGCUCAGAUCUAAUGGCGAGGACCUUGUUGGCAAAAUGACCUACACAUCGGCCGUCAUCAAAGAGACGCUGCGCCUUCACCCACCCGCAGCUACUGCGCGAUAUUCCAAGCCAGGCACCAACUUUAUCGUCACGGAUCCCCAGACUGGCCGGCAGUAUUGCCUCGAUGGCAUGGUGCUAUAUAUCUGUCAAUACAUAGUCCACCGUGACGGCAAGGUAUUCGGCGAAACUGCCAAUGAGUUCUUCCCGGAGCGCUGGCUCGGCGAUACCGACACCUCGGAGGCGACCAACAGCGGGCUUGCAGAUGAGGCGAACGAGAAGGCCGGGGCAAAGGACCAGGACGACAAGAAGACGCCAGCUAGUGCCUGGCGACCGUUUGAGCGAGGACCGCGUAACUGCAUUGGGCAAGAGUUGGCCAACAUCGAGGCCCGCGUGAUUCUGGCCUGCAUUGUGCGGAGAUUCGACUUUAUCAAGGUCGGACUGGGCGAGCUCGCUCACGACAAAGAUGGAAAGCCUAUUCAGAACGAUUUGGGACAAUACGAGGUCAAAGAGAAGCUUUACCAGGCAAGUUGUCCUUUCGCUUUUUUUCUAGCGAGUGACUUCGAGGCCGAAAGACGGAAUGCUCGUCAAGGUGACUCUGAGUGA